AUGAGUUUUUUAGGUAGAGUGUCAAGUCACGAUAAAGAUGGUGAAAUUAGAAGACUGGAAACGGAAUUGAAAAGCAAACAAAAGGAAAUUGACACACUUGACAAAGACAAACAAAAUUAUUUAGAUGAUAUUAAACAAUUACAAAAAACACAAGUAUCACAUGAAAAAACAAUUGAUGAAAAAAACAAAGAAAUUCAAAAAAUUCAAAAUAAUUUGAUAAAAACGAAACAUGAUUUAAUGGAGAAUAAUAAUUUAGUUGAGCAGUUGAAAAAAGAAAUUGAAAUAAUAAAAAAAGAUAAUUAUUCUUGGUCUAUUUAUUUAAAUGAAAAUAAAAAAGUGAUUGAAAAACAGAAAGAAGAGAUCGAAAGUCUCAAGUCUCAACUCCAAUCUUAUAAAGACCGAGCCAAUGAUUACACAACAAAAUACAUUUACGAAAAGAAACGAGCUGAUGAUUUUGAUAAAGUUUUAACAAUUGAAAGAACCAAUUUUAAAUAUGAAAAAGUUCAAUUGAAAAAAAGAAACGAAGAUCUUGAAGAUAUAAUUAAACAACAUCAAAACAGUUGUAAAAGUUUUGUGGAAAGUUCAAAUGUAAUCAUUCAAAAAAUGAAAAACGAAAUCACUCAAAUCACAAACGAAAAAAAUAAAUUGGAAAAGAAUAACUCGGAAUUGGCGUUAGAAAAUAUAAAUAUAUGGAAAGAAUUUAAUGACUUGAUUUAUAAAAUUGAGCAACAACAAAAUAAAGAAAAAGAGUGGAAGAAGAAUUUAAAAAUUUCAAAGAAUCAACAAUUCGAAGCUCAAAAGAAAAAAGAAGAAAUUAUGACCAUAUUUGAAAAUGAUAAUAAAGAGUUGAUAAAGAAACAGAUAUUAAAACAAGUUGAAGAAUUGGAAAUAACUAAAUAUUACUAUAUUGAUGCUAAAAAUGAUAUAGAAGAAAAACUCGACAAAAACGAAAAGAAAAUAAAAGAGAUGAAAUCUGAAAGAGAUUGUGACAAGUCCACAAUCACCAAACUUGAGAAAGAGAACAAGGAGUGUCUUAAAAAGGUUGAACUGUUGGAAAAAGAGGUUGAAGUGUAUAAACAAAAAAUCGAAAAAAGUCAAGAAGAUUUAAAAAUUGUUGAAAAUGCAGAAUCACAACAAUCACACAACAAAGAAAAUGUGAUAAAAAAUCAGAAAAUAAAAAUCAUUCCACUUGAAGUACCAAUGGCCAUCUUCCACUUUGGCGGAACGUUCACACAUAUAAUAAACGAAACCCCCAUAGAAAUUGCAAUAGAAGCCGGCACUGCUGAGCCGCAUACAAUUAUUUAUGAGAAAGAUGGAGUUUCACAUACACUCCAAAUAAGUUCGCAAAAGGUCGAAGGCACAGAGAAACGUGGAUUCGACUUGAUAAAAACUGUGUGGGUAGACAAACAGUUUGUUGGACAGUCAGUGACUAUAUUUAUCAACAUAGAUAUCUUAAAAGAAAAUUACAAUGUCCCCGUUGUUGUGCCUGAUACACAGACUUCAUACAAUUUGGGAGAAUUGGGAUUCUUUAAUAAAGAAACACAGAAAAGAGGAAACUUGGUGAUGAUCUUAAAAAUCGUUUAA